GCCAUUUAAUGUAGGUCAUCUCAGCGUUUCGUCUUUCAUCUGGUAUUUAGCAGUAAUUAUUUUGCUCCACUCAACUUUAUGUAAUUGGUUUUAAGUGUUUUUCCUGAGCAUGUAAGUCAUAAUUCACGCCUUAAAUGAGAAGGAUUGUCAAGAAGGGAUAUUAAACAUGUAGAAGGAUAUUUUGUAGGACUAAACAAACAUUUGAUAACAUACGUGGUGAGCUUGAGUAACGGUCAUAAAGCCUGUUUCUAUGGUGACGCUGUGAGUCGGUAGCUCUUGGCUCGGUGAGCUGCCGCCUAGCACUGCUGCUCGGGAGCGACUACACCGUUACAAUGACCAGGUGUCGUGUACUUGGUUUAUAACCAUUGUUUAGCUUAUAAUAUAACUGUAUGGCAGCUCCAACAUGACUUUCCAGGUUAACGCAUCGCUAACAUUACCCACCGCAAAGGCUUUAAUAUCGGAGGGAAGCUCAAAUUGCAGCCAGCGCGGCCUUGAUGCGACUGGAUAUCCAGCGUUCAGGAACUUAAGGAUGGGAGCAGGUGGAAGACGAGCAGCCAUGAGCCAUAAUAAUCACAUACGGAGGGCAUUUCCUGUGAUACAACCCUUGAGCAAGUCCAGGGAUUGGAAAGCCUUGGUUAGCAGCGUCAUAGUUGGAGGGUCACCUAACUUAGCCACAGAUGACACACUGGCGUCAGAGAACAAUGGCCCUGAGAAGGACAUCAGUGGGAGACGCUUUCUUUUUGCUAAGCAAUGUAUGAGGUUAGAGAGGACCAGAACUGUGAUUCCUCCACUGCCAAGAGACUACCAUGUGCACAGACGUGGCAACCUGCAUCCCUUCAGCCUCUCCAAGGAGCUUUCCCACAGCCUUGCUGGGCGACCCUUCACCCUGGGCUACCCUGAAAGAUAUGAACUGAAUACAAGCCCAGCCAUUCUCUUCCCAUCCAUGUUAGUCCUCAAUGGCAGAAACACCUUCUCGGUUGAGAACUGCAAGUUCAGCAGGCCUAAGGUGAAUUAUCCAACCCACAACCUACCGACUGUAGACAAUCAAAAGAGCCAGUCCUAUCCUGACCCAAUGCUUGGAGCCUCUCGCUCUUUUAUCCACAGGAUAUCUGAGCUGUCCUCUUUGGAGGGCGAGACGGUGCGGCAAGAAAAGCUCAAGAAAAUGAGAAAACCAAGGAAACCUCCAUCCUGACAAUCACCUUCUUCUCAGUCCCGCCGGUUAAGGAUCAAAACCUUUGAGUCUGUGCCAACAACGUCCGAACAAAAUAAAACACUUAGGGGACCGUGUUCAUUUCAGUGGCUUGUUCUAACUGCUUGUUUGUCUUCAGUGACAUUAGUUUCCUGCUUAACAUGGCUGAUCUUCACAUUUUGGGAUUCCUGACCUGAGCUGCUCUCUUUUAGUGAUUACAUAUAGUAUUUGCUGUGGUAAAUGCAGCGUUUGCUAAAUGCUGAAGAUAGUCGUUUUCCACUCAACUCUGCAUGUAAAUAUACUUAUUUUACCUCUCUAAUGGCUUGUAAUGGCUGUUAUGUAAUACUGCCAUAUUUGUUGCUCAAUCAUCAAUAUGUUGAUGCUGUCAAGCUCGGAUCUCAUUACAAAAGUGUUUCAAAGUUGUUGUUAUAUACUAAUAAAGCCUUGUUAAGUAAGUGAAAUAUAUAUGUACAUCCUAAAAUAGUUUAGCAAAACCAUUAUUGUGCCUUGUUAAACGUCUUCCUGAAAUAAAAUAAAUUUAUUUUUGUUAUUGUUA